AUGAUCGCGCCCAUAGAUGGGUUAAAGGAGACGAUGCGGCAAGACAGCGCCCACGUCCCAACUCUUGCGUCCGUCGCUGCAGUGGUGACCGCGACCUCCCUUUCGCUCCUUACACUGAGACAAUUCCUUGGCGGAGCCCAACACACUUGUGCCCCAAAGGAAAUCUAUCACGAUGAAGAUGGCGAGGCUACCAAAGAUUCGGAAGCACUUUGUUCAGCUGCUGCCCAAAAGGCAAUUAUAGACGUGGCCACAGCAGCAGGGCUAUCGAUUGCCGUGUAUGAUGCCCUCGCCGUGGGUGCUGUUCCACGCCAACAGCUCCCAGCAAACGCGGUGGAGGUUGUUAUUUGGGCGCUCCUGUCCGUGCAGGCUCUCAUCCUGUCGCUCGAGCAGAGGUUCCAGCAGCGCUACGCACACGGCUUCCGCCUUGGUUCUUCGGCCGCUCUAUGCUUGCUAUGGAUUCUCUACCGAGCGGCUGCCGUACAGGAAGGUCGCUCGGAGGCACCUUGGUCCGAGAUUGGCUCUCUCCUGGCUGUCUUCCUGGCUAGUUGGUCGAUACCAAGACGCCCCGUCGUCUUUCGCCAGGGUCUGCAGGUAGACUCUGAGUUGUCUGUCUCAUUCUGGAGUAGACUUGCAUUCUCCUGGGGCCCAUUUCACGCGUCACGGUCUGCCAUUCCUCACAAGAUCCAGAUGGAUCUCCUGCCAGAGGUUAGCCACUCUUCGCGCGUUGCGAGAUGGAAACCAAUUUGGACGUCGACUCGAGGAGACAAUUCAGUCCACCUCUGGAAGCAGCUUAUGAGAGCUUUCCUCCCGACACUCAUUGUUCAGUGGUGUCUUGCGUUUGCUUCUGCUGCGUCCCAGUUUGGUAGUCGUUUUGCGCUCUUCAAGUUAUUACAAUGCCUUGAAAAACAUGGGCAACCUUCAAACUCGGCAUCGGCAUGGGUGGCUGGCCUUGGUACAGGGCUUCUUAUCGAAACGUUGUCCCAUAGCUGGCUGAUAUGGUUCACCCAGAUGAAAUUGCAGAUUCCGGUUGAAGGACUACUCAAAUCUCUCGUCGUCGAUAAGUUGACGCGGAGACCAUUGGCUCCCGGAAAGGGUCUUGUACCGAAACAAGCCAGCAACGCAAAAAGUGCGGGUCAGUUCGAGUAUCCGUCUUUGACGGACAUUCUUACAAAUCACUGCCAACGCAAAUCUAGUCAGGAGACUGCCAACGCCUGCGCCCAUACCCAUCAUUUCUUGGUGGCCAUUUUCAAGCUAUGCCUAGACGUUCACUACUUGUCGCGCUUGCUUGGCACAAAAAGCAUACUGGCCGGAACUAUUGUUUCUAUGUUACUGGUUCCAUUGUCCGCCAAGCUUUCCCAGAGAUAUCGAGCAGCGCGAGCCAAGAGGACCAAAGCCCACUCUGCCGUCUCCAACCUCGUGUCCGAGGCACUGCAAAGCCUUCGCCAUAUUCGACUUGCUUCUAUGGAAGGCGUUUGGCAAGAUCGUCUAGGCGCCGUGAGAGAUCAGGAGCUUGACCAAAUGUGGAGCGCUGGCAUCGCGAUGUCACUGUUGAGUUUGGCCGUAAAUCUCGGUCCCGUCUUGCUGGUCUGUAUCGCACUGUCUAUGUAUGCAUACGGGGCCGGCCACUUGAGUCCCUCCAUUGCUUUCCUCGCGUUGAACCUCUUCGACAAUCUUCAAUCUGCAUUCCAAGAGCUCCCGUCUCGUUUCGCGGAAGCCCGCGUCUCAUGGUCUAGCUGCAGGCUUCUUCACCAGUAUCUGAGCGAACCCGAACGAGAAAGACCGGCAGUCUCAUCCGAGGGAUUAGGGCUUGAAAAUGCUUUUUUGCGCUGGCAUGCCAAGAGUUCUGACCCAAACCUUCAAGAUGAAUUCACCCUGUCCGGCGUUAAUGUUGCCUUCCCGCCUGCGGCACUGAGCAUUGUGACGGGCAGCACUGGCUCUGGAAAGAGUCUCUUGCUCAGCGCCCUGCUCGAGGAGGCUAACAUUGGGGAAGGAAGACUACUUCGCCCGCCUGUGCACUCCGUUCGCCCCGAAUCUAGUCACGAAAAGGUUCGCAUUAAAGUCGGAAGCACAGCUUUGGUGUCGCAGCCGCCAUGGAUUGAGAACUGCUCCAUAUUAGACAACAUAUUGUUUGGUAACGUGUAUGAUGACGAGCGGUACAAAGCGACCUUGGAUGCUUGUGCUCUAGACCAUGAUCUCUCGGUCCUACCUGGAGGUGACCAGACCAUCGCGGGACUGAAUGGUGCCUUUCUGAGCGGCGGCCAGAAGUGGCGUGUUGCGCUUGCUCGCGCAUUCUAUUCCACUGCUGAAAUACUUAUUCUCGACGAUGUUCUAAGCGCUGUGGAUGCCCACGUCGCCCAAAGACUCUGUGAGCGAGGGUUGAUGGGUGAGUUGGCGAGGGGGAGAACCGUCAUUCUGGCUACUCACAGCCCAAAUGCAUUCUUGGACACCGCUAAAUACCACGUCACUGUUGAGAAUAAUCGUGCUAUCGGCAAAGCCAUUUCCCGUACUGCUGUAUUGGAACGCAAGAAUCUGGAGCCUGCGCAAGCCGGAGAGGGAUACCCUGACCCAAUCCUCAACCUGGAUAAGGAAUCUGAAAAGCCCGAAAAUCCCAAAAGCUCUGCGAGCCUUCCUACCAUGAGGACUGGUCAGAUCUUAUCAGCGUAUAUAUGGGCUAGUGGCGGAGUCUGGUCCCUGGUGAUGGGCGUCCUGCUCACCUUGCUGUCUCGCGCCGUUACGCAUAGCAGCUCGUGGUGGCUGUCUCGGUGGACAGUACAGGACAAGACAAGCGCUGAUCAUUCUGUGGUUCACAACAUCAAAAUAUAUUUCGCGCUCUCCUUGAGCACGGUGAUAGGGCUGGAACUGAUAUCGCUUAUUCUGCUCGGGAUGAGCCUCACUGCUUCGCGAUCGCUCUUUCGGAGACUUGUGCGAAGCGUUUUAUACGCCCCCCUCACCUGGAUUGACAGCAUGCCGCUCGGAGAGAUGAUUCAAGUCCUAGAGACUGAUAUAUAUACACUGGACAACAAAACGACCCAAUCACUACACAACCUACUAGGAAGUCUUGCCAACUUGGUCUUUAUACUGACCAGCAGUGCUGCUGUUCUCGUCAUCUACUCCCGAGCGGUGAUACAACAGCUUGCUAUUUCUCGCCAACUGUUUAGACUUAUUGACGAAUCUCUUCGACCCGUACUUGAACAUGCUUCGUCAAUCGCCUCAGGUCUGGCAACAAUCAGGGCAUUCGACAGAACCGACUUUUACAUUGAGCGAAUGGAUCAAUUGGUAGAUCGAAGCGCAAAGUUGGGCCUCCAUCUGAUACUAGGGCAGCGUUGGCUCGCCGUUCGCCUAGGUGCCCUCGGCGCGGUAUUUGUGACCAUUGUGGCAGCGACUCUCGUCUAUCAAGAGGAAGAUGCCGGAAAGGCGGGCUUGAUUAUUACUCUGGCGCUCCAACUGAAAGAUACUCUCAGUGGUACGACCACCAUGUUCAACCUCCAUGAUAUGCUGGCUCGCACCAUUGGUCAAAUUGUGAGCCUUUCCCAUGUCGAAACAGAGAGUCAAGAGGGAAACGAGCCUCCUCGAUCGUCUUGGGCGACGGACGCCAGUCUUCGGGUCUGCAACCUGGUAGUCGGCUAUGAAGCAUCUGCGCGACCGGCCCUGCGCGCAGUCAGUUUCUCAGUCGAGCCGGGUCAGCGUCUCGGCAUCGUUGGCCGUACGGGAUCGGGCAAGACGAGCCUUAUCAACGCACUGGCACGCUUUAUCAAUCCCACCCAGGGCCAGAUUUUUCUCAACGGCGUCGAUAUUUCAACCAUCAAGGUGAAAAGACUGCGAGAAGCUCUGGCACUGAUACCACAAGACCCUUUUCUUUUUUCAGGGACCCUACGAUCCAACGUUGACCCCUGCAGCACCGCAACUGACGAGCGACUGCUCGAGGUGCUGCGUCGAGCCCGUCUCAUCCAGCCGGGUGCGAGCAUCGACGACAAGACCCUGGCCAGCUUCUCAGAUCUUGACAUGCCGAUUCAAGCGCGCGGUGUCAACCUUUCGUACGGGCAGCGGCAACUGAUAUGCCUGGCACGCGCGCUGCUCGUCGAGAGCCCAAUCGUCCUCUUAGAUGAGGCGACGAGUGGAGUGGACGAUGCAACCGACGCAGCCGUGCAGAGCGUCAUCCGCCAAGAGUUCUCUCAGAGUACCAUUAUCGUGGUCGCGCAUAGGCUCUUGACCGUGGCUGACUUUGACCGCGUCCUCGUCAUGCGCGACGGUGAGGUGGUCGAGUUUGGGCCGCCCGCGACGUUGAUGGCUCGACGCGGCCUGUUCUGGGACAUGGUGCAGAAGAGUGGCGAUACGGAGCGGAUUACAUUAGCGAUGCAAACGAGUUGA